UAUACUGAAUUUAUUUGCAAAAAUUAAAGAUCUUGAACAUUACAAUUUUCAAAAGCUGUUAUUUUUGUGAAUUAACAGAAUAAUAUUUAAUUUACCGAUUAUAUUGCAACUAGAUCUUAUUCUGUAGUAUACGACAAAGAAUAAUUUUGGUACAUUAGUCAUUAAAAUGUUUAAACUUAUUAGUAAACUUAGUUUUAAUGUACGGAAUUUUUCUAUUAAAAGUGUAAGGAAGUCUAGCAAUUUUAUAAAAAUAGUUGAAGUUGGGCCCAGAGAUGGAUUACAAAAUGAGAGGAACAUAGUGUCUACUGAGAUUAAAGUUGAUUUUAUCAAUAGAUUAUCGGAAAGUGGAUUAAAAAGUAUAGAAGUGACCAGUUUUGUGUCUCCAAAAUGGGUCCCACAAAUGGCAGAUAAUGUUCAGGUUUUUCAAAAUAUUAAUAAGGUACACGGGACUUCUUAUCCUGUACUAGUACCAAACUUAAAAGGCUUAGAAGGUGCACUGAAAGUGGGUGUGAAAGAAAUAGCUGUCUUUAGUGCUGUGUCUGAAACUUUUACAAAAAAGAACACAAAUUGUUCCAUCAAUGACUCUAUGAAGAACAUUAAAGCAGUUGUUGAAGAAGCAAAGAAGCACGACAUUAAAAUCAGAGGUUACAUAUCCUGCAUUGCUGGAUGUCCUUACGAAGGUGAAACUAAGCCAACAAUGGUAGCAAAUGUAAGCACAUUCUUGUUACAACUUGGAUGCUAUGAAAUUUCUUUAGGAGAUACCAUUGGUGUAGGAACUCCGGAUAAAAUAAAGAAAGUACUACAUGAAUUGAAACAUGUUUCAAAUGACAUGAGUGAAUUUGCAAUUCACUGUCAUGACACAUAUGGGCAAGCUCUGGUAAAUAUUUUGACUAGUCUCGAAUAUGGCAUAAGGGUAUUCGAUUCAUCUGUUGCUGGAUUAGGAGGUUGUCCAUAUGCAGCUGGUGCUUCUGGAAACGUUGCUACCGAAGACUUGCUUUAUUUUCUACAUGGACAAGGUUUAGAAACUGGAGUAAACCUUAACAAAAUAGCCAAAAUUGGAGAUUUCAUUAGUAGUCAGCUUCAAAGGAAGAAUCAAUCUAAAGCAGGUGUUGCAAUUCUUGCAAAAAAAUGUUCAACAAAUUUGUAAUUAUUAUUCUAUAUAUAUGAAAAAUAAUUGGGACAAUAAAAAAUAUAGGACUUAUGUCUUUUUCAUCAUUUAAUAAACUAGGAUUUGUGAAAAUUACAAACUCAAUACUUAUUAAAUUUUAAUGACUCUUUAAACCUUGUAUACACAAUUCAUAGAAAUAUAACGCAAUAAUGAAACACA